AUGGGCUUCCCUCAGUGGAAGGUGCUUAUGGAAGCACAUCUUCAAGCAAAGGGGCUUGAUGUUUGGCGUGUCACUAAUGAGGGCAAGAGAAAUAAAAAUAAAAGUGAAAAACAACAUGAUGCCAUUGCUAAAUCCACACUCUUGUCCUCCUUAUGUGAUAGUGUGUUCAAUCGAGUUUUUAAUAGUCCAAAUGCUCAUGAAUUAUGGAAACUCAUUGUCGAGAACGAAGAAGGCACUAAGGAUGUUGCCAACCAAAAAUACCAUAUUCUCGGUGAUAAGUUUGCUAACUUUAAGCAACUUGAAAGUAAAGAUGCUCAUGACAUGUACUCACGUUUGAACAUUCUUGUGAAUGAGAUAAAUGGCCUAGGAGUGAAGAACGUUGAAGAUGGAGACAUAAACUGGAAGAUCCUCCAAGUCCUUCGCAAGCCCGACUAUGACAUCAUCAAGACCCUCUUGCUCAAGGAAGAUUUGGAAAACAAAAAGCCAAAUGAAUUGAUCAACCAAAUCAUUGCCCAUGAGUAUAGCAUGGGGAUGAGCAAGCCGCAAGGGGGCGCCUCUUCUUCAAGCCCAACGAGCCUCACCGCCAAGCACACAUGCAAGCUUCAUCAACCACGGCGGCAAGAGGAGAGCUCAAGCGAUGAACAUGAAGAGGAGGAAAGUGAUGAUGAGGAGAGCUCAAGUGAAGAUGAGCAAGUCUCAAGGGCCAUACGCUACCACCAUGAUAAGGUAGCCAAGCAUGUGAGGAAACUCUACAAGCUUGGUUAUGAAACCCGCAUAAGGAGAGAUGAGGUGGGCGUAUUCAAAAUGGCGUCUAAGAAGAAGAAGAGCAAGACCAAGAAACAUCUAGCUUGCUCCGCCAUCCACAAGUUGUCACCACCACCAAUGUGCCUCAUGGCCAAAGACAAGGAGCAUGAUGAGCUCAAGAAGCUAAAUGAGGAGCCUAAAUUAAAAUUUGAAAAUCUCCAAAGUUCAUCGGAUGCAUCUAUACCUUGUGAUAUUCUUUGUGCUAUUCCCAUUGUCAAGGUAGAUGUGUCUACCUCUUGUGAUCUAAUCUCUUGCAAAGAAAAUGUUGUAGAAAUUCUUGAUGAAAAAUUCGAGCAAGAGAAUGAAAUGCUAAAGCAAGAGGUAGAGAGGUUAAUGGAGGACUUGCGCCGGCUCAAAGGAAAAGUGCAUAUGGAGCAAUCCCAACCUUCUCAAAAUAACCCCGCUAAGGGCGUGAACAAGCUUGAGAAGGGGUCCAUCGUGAUUUGUUUCAAGUGCCACAAGGAAGGCCACAAGUCCUACCAAUGCAAGGAGGAGAAGGCCCAACAAAAGAGCUCCAACAAGGGCAACAACAAGGGCAAGGGCGACAAGAAGGCAAAGGAGGAACAAAAGAAGAGUCCACAUUUGAAGGCCUUGUUAGGUGAUUUUGAUGCCAAAGGGGGAGAGAAUGUAACAAAACAAGCAAAGGGAGAUAAUAAAACAAACACACUUCUUCCAUCAUGGUCAAAGGAGUCCAUUGUGGACAAAGGGGGAGAGUUAUGGCCAAAGGAGGAAAGAAAAAGAGAAGAGAAGAAGUAG